CUGGUGUGACGUGGUGCGUUAGGGUGACUCUGAGGAGCAGCCCAGCUCUCAGUCAUUCGCUCACACAGAGGGAAAAAGAAACAACAGUAGCACAUCAGGUAAGACCUGGCAAGCAUUUCUCAUUACUGAUUAUGUAAGAUUCGUGCACAACCUUUGUUUAUAACCUUUUAAACCCAUCUUUUCCUUUUCUGAUUUUGACACCUUUUACAAAUAUUUCAGAUUGUUUUGAAUUUUGUGUUACAGCAGCAGUCCUGACAGUAGAAGCUUUUUUUUUUUGCAAAAAAGGAGGCCCAAAGGAUUAAGCCAAGAGCUGGGAAUGUUCAUGAUUCUGUGUAUUUUUCUCAGUUUCUGCGGAUUAAAUGUGCCUGUGUCUUAUCUAACGUAAAGUGCAUAGCUUUAAGCGUCCCAUCUUACCUCUGGUGUCAGCUCAGUGAAUGGUGACAACAGCAGGUGUUUUAUGCCAUCACCGCUAUUUGGUGCUGGACAAAACAUUAGAUGUCAGACUCUCAUGUUUGUGGAAAAUAAGCUACAUGUUUCCCCACCUGUUAUUAUUAGAGACCAACCAACAUGUACUCUGACAAUAGGCGGUGUAAAGUCUGUGACCAGCAGGACAGUAGGACAGGACAGAUCAGUGUCAAAGUCUGACUGUGUGUGUGCCUGCCUGUAUUUGUCUAACUGUGGGAACACUCUGUCUCUAGCUGUGGCAUGAUAUGAAAUCUUUAUCACAAAACCGAUAACAUCUGCCUAGGCCACUCGCAGACGUAAACCCCUGCAUUGUUUGCAUAGCAGCUGCACUGCAGAGUGCUUACCAUCCAGCUCCACUCUGAAAUAUGUGACAAUUUUCAUACAUGCUGAAACCAUUCCACUUCCAUUAGGGAGAGAGAGGCCCAAAAAGUGAGGUGGGCAGCAUUAUGUAACAACAUUAACCUCUAAUCUCUCUUUGCCCUUUCUUUCAGAGGAGAGAAAAAAGAAAGAGGAACGCUGUAGCAUAAGUAAAGUAAGAGCACAACAGAGCCUUCAAGAAUUGACAGAAAGUGAGAGAAGAGCAAAGAGAAAAGAUGACGAUUGGCAAGAACUCCAGGAAGAGCUCGGUCCGAAGCUCCAUCCGGACUCCAAAGUUCCUGGACAAGUCCAGUGGCUUCUACGGUCGCCUUGAUGAACCGGAGAAUGCCACAGAGGGGGUGGAGGUGGGAGUGGAGAAAGGUACAGAGGAUGGCAUCGAGGAAAGAGGAGUCCAGAGCUCAUCCCCUUCUGUGGUGCACCCCUCAGGGGUAGAUGACGAAGUGUUUGACUUCACCGAUGGGAUGAUGGAGGAUGAUGGAGAGACUCUCCUGCGCAGGAAGCCAAGCCGUCUUAGCAGCAGGUGGAGGAGAAGCUCCAGGAGGAAGCAGAAGGAAGGGAGGGCUGAGGAGGAGCAAGCUGGAGAGGAGAGGCCCAGCCUGGUGAUGGAGAGUCGAGGGGACUCCCCUAUCCUGGAGGACUCCAGACUCAAGAUUGAAGUGGGGAUGGAGAAGUUAAGCAAGAUGGAGGAAGAGGAAGAAAAGGUCGGAAAACAGAAAGAGCCUGCUCUUCAUUUCCCUGCUCAGGAGGAUGCAGAUGACCAAGUCCUGAUCAGAGACAAAAAGAGGGGACGAGAAGAGGAUGGGGAGGAGGAAAGGAGGAUGGAGAGGGAGCAAACGGAGGGAAUGAAGAUGGUAAAGAAGAACACUGUAAAGAAUUAUCGCAGGGCCUUUGACAGAGCCUUCCGGCGCGGCUGGGAGGCCUUCAUCACCAACCUCUACAGCGUCACCCUCACGUCUGUGACGUCAUCCUCGCCACCACCGGCCUCUCCAUCGCUAAAAAAGAAGCAUCUGCACAAGUCUGUGUUAGCUGAGUUUCAGUAGGUCUGGACAAAGACAAGGCCACUUCAAAGCUCUUUUUUUUUUACAUUUGAUAUGAUGAAACCUGGGAUACACGGGGAUUUCUCUGCUGCUGAAUAAUGAUGGACAAUCGAUGUACAACACUUUGCAGUGCCUUCCCGUGGUGCGUGAGGCCUUGAAACAUAAACUACUUAUUUUAUUUAGUGAGUCUUAAUUGCUUUACAUCAUGUUUGAAAUCCUAGCACAAUUGGCGCACUUUAUUCUGCACAGGCGGCAGAUUUUUACAAGCUGGUGGAGCCAAACUGUGUAUUUUGUAUAGAAUCCGAGGGGACAGUGUGUUGUCUUUACAAUCUGUGACUUAGCUCUGAUAUUUUUCAGUGCUUUCAGAGGUGUAUACGUGUUUUCAGCUCUUAAUCUUCAAAUCUUGCCCACUAUCAAGAGCAUAUUAUGCAAAUGAUCUCUGCUUUCUUUGGGCUGACAGUAUGAAACGACUAAAGUGUUGAUGUGUGACCAAAAGGAGUGGAAGAUUUUAAAGAAAGCUAUGACUGAUCAGUGGACUUUUGUUCUGGAGAUAUUCAUGUUCCUUUUAGGAUGAUCAAUGAGACUGAUUUCUGAUUAAGCGUGUGCCUGCUAUCAAUAAUCAGUUGAGGCUAAAAGGAUCAAAGGAGUUGAAAGUGAAGACAGUCCUACUCAAACAGUCAGUAUUUAGAUGUUAUUAUCUGAUCUAAAUGAUUUUGCUGAAAUUUGUACAGCAGUAUUUAUGGAGAAAUUGCACAUUUAUCUAUUUCAACUCUUUGAAAGAUACAUUUUUACACUAUUUGAACACGAAACAUGAAUACACAGAUUGUAGGCUUCUUCCUCCUCAGAUUCCUGCAUGUGUUCUGGUGAUGGUUCCUCAACCUGAAGGGACACAAUACUAAACUGUAUGCAUAGAUUUGUGUUUAGAAACAAGCACAAAUGAGCUUACUUUUCUGUUCAUUCCUUUGUACAAAGGCUACUGCAGCCUUAUUGUGAAAUUAUAUUUAAAUACAGUUAAUUGUGGACUUUUGGAGAAAUAAAAAAGUUUUUAAAAUAAAGCUGUCAUUUUCUAUCAACAA